AUGAUUCCAGACGAAUUUGUUAAAACCAAAAGAGCAAUUAAAGAGCAUGUUACAACACUUCAUCAAUACUCAAGCGAUAUUAAGAAAAAAGAUGAAUUGAUAGCAUUUUUGGAGCAAAAUUGUAAAACAAUCGAAUCAAAACUAAAUAGACAAAUUGAUACAAUGAGCCAUAUGCAAGAAAGUAUGAUAUCCCAGUGUGAUGAUCAAAGUCCGAUAGAAACAACAAAGCAAUCAAUAAUUGAUGAAGAAAACGCUAAUUUAGAAAAGCUUUAUCAAAAUCUUUGUCAAACAAAUGAUUUAAUACAUGAGAAAAUUGCUCUAAUUACAGAUAAUAUUGAAAGAAUUAAAAAAGAAAAUCAAUAUUUACUCGAAAUGAACAACAUAACUGAGUCUCCAACGAGAAACCAACAAGAUACAAUAGAAGAUUUAGAUUACGGAGUUGACGAUGAUGACUUUGAUACUAUGGAAGAGAAAUAUAACGAAAUAUUGGAAAACAUUAUCAAAACAAAAGCUUACAUUUCUCAAAUGAAUGUAAAUUCGUGCUCGCAUAAAAAGAUGCAUCAGGACAUCUCUAAACUCAUUUCAAAUCUACAAGAACAAAUUUAUCUUGAAAAUCAGAGCUUUAAACAAAAAAUUAAAAAGAUGAGCAAUGAUAUUGUAUCAAAUAACGAUGAUAGUAUAUGCCAGCUAUCAAUGACUAACAAUAUUGAUUUUGAAAAGCAUAAAUUACUUCUAUCGAAGAAAAAACUGUCAAAAAAGAUCGAAGAUACAUGUGAAGAGCUUGACACGAUAUUGUCAGCUAAAGACUUGUUUACUGAGAAGCAGAACGCGUUGAUUGACAAAAUUGAAAAAACAAAACAGGAAAAGAUGGAAUUCAAUAAGAAAUUUGAUGAUGCUAGGAUAAAGAACCUUAAAUUAGUGAAAGACCACAAAUAUUCUAUUUCCGCUAUGAGAAAUGACAUCGAAGAGUUAAAAUUGCAAAAUAAGCAUGAGAAAACAUUGAUGCAGCUCUCAUAUUCCAAGAUCAAUCAGCUUGAAUGUCAGAUCUCUAAUGUUAUUUCAAGUUUAUAUGAUGAAGAAUUAAAAGAAAGAAGAAUUAUCGCAAACAACAAAGUUUCUUCAUUAUCUGAGGCCACUAAUUUAGAUGAAGUUGAUUAUAGCCUUCUAUAUGAGGCAUUGACAGUAACAUUAGAUGAUUUAUACAAAAAGAAAUCUAAAAAAUUAGCAAAAUUAGAAGAACUAGAAAAAACAACAGUGCCACCAAUAAAAAUCGAUGAUGUUCCGAAGCCAAAGUUCUACAGCUCAACAAAAGGCGAGUUGAAAUCAACUCUGAAAGAAAUUUUAUCUUUACAUGAAAAAAUUAGUGAUACUGAAAAAAUGUUGAAGAAUAUCAGUUGCACAGUUAAAUCUAUACACUCAAAGAGGAAACAAGUGCGCAAACUUGAGGUUUCAUUAAAACAAGAUCAUAUUAUUAAUGAAAAUCAACAGCCUCUUUGCAUUAGACAGAUUGAACAGAGUCAUGCAUCAGAAACCAGUAAACUUCAAAGGAAAAUUGCUACAAAAAUGUUAAGUAUUGAAGAAACACGAAAUCGAAUUGCAAAAAAGGCUCAGAUUUUUAAACAUGUUCUCUCUCAUUAUGAUGUUUCAAAGCAUCCUCUAGAUUUUGUUGUUCUAAGACCAAAAUACGAAACAAACUCUCAGAACGGAAAUUAUUACAAGAACAAAGAGAAAAAUCUUGAGCAUUUGAUAUUUACGCUCGAAACAUGUAUCAAAGAAGUAGAUACGCAAUUGAGAGGCUAUAAAUUUGCUACUGUAAAUCCUCUUUAUGAAAGUCUUGCUGAAAUUUGGAAUUCAGAAGUUAGCAAGCUUAUUCUUUCAUGUUAG